AUGUCUUCCGAAAAUGAUCCACCUGCGAAACCAACUGCAUCUUCCUUUGCAGACGUUUUCAAGACAUUAGCAUCAGGUCGCCGGAAAUCUCUCUCGCCUCUCUCAGCUUCUGAGAGCCCUACGGAAUUUCCAAACCAUGGCAUCGACGCUCGCAGGGGUUCCCGUGUAACGUUUGGAUUUGAAGGGAUGUCGCGCGGAAGUAUCUCCAACAGUUCCUUAGACCAUGCCGCCGUUCCGAAUUAUGAGACCGCGCUCGAGAAUCUAAAGAAUCCAGUGCUCGCUAUAGACGAGGUGGAAAUACUUGCCAAGCAUUCAACCAAGUUUCCACCUGAACAAAUCGUAUCUCUCUGGGAAGCAAGUUCCUAUCUCCUCUGUCAGGCUGACUUUGACGAUGCCCGGCAACGAUCAUCUCGAUUCUUGGACACAAUUGUCGGGCGACCGGAUCUGUCAACACAUCUCAAGACUCAACUAUGCAAGAGUAUAUUAGCUCCCACGCCGGCUGACGUGAUACCCACACGGGUCAAUGCUCUCAUCGCGCUAUCCGACAAUGGCAGGAAAUUAGACAUCAUGCAGGUCAACGUCCUGCCAGCCCUGGCUGUUGCCCUAUUUACGUUAUUCAAGGCCGUCGCCAACCUGCGAUCAAAAGCGAAGAAGAGCAAACAACCACGGGCCAUUGAACUUGAAGAAUCGCAUUUGGAGAAUCUUUUUGACUUCACCCUUAACGUUAUCACCCUCCAGAAUGUCCCGCUAGAAGAGAAAGAUGUGACAUACUUACUCGAAGAAGUUCUCAAGGUUUGCAGGAAAACUGCGUCUCCUGAUGAUCUCAAGAGUGCGCUCUCUAUAUUUGACGCCAUCAUCUCUUGUGCCGACGUGCCUGAUAAUAGUUUCGUUCCACUAUUAGAGGUUCUAUGCAGCAUUCACGCUUCAGUGAAGACUCUUUCUGGUCGCACCUCCCAGGUGAUGCGCAAUAUAGUCAAAUCUUCUAAAAGAUUGACCAUGCUUGAGCUUCUAUACUCAUUUCUAGAGGAAGAUCCGGAAGUCCACGGCCGAAAUCUAAACGUAGUGCGCGGCGCGGUCGAAACAUUUACUGAUAUAAUCCGAUCUCACGACCGAAAGAGACUCCCCGAACUAUCAUUUUCAAGAUUGAUCGACUGUCUUCAGGCAGUCGUGCCACUGAAGAGCGGCAGGCUUCACGCGGCUACUCUUGAGUUAUGUGCAAAUCUCUUGGAUGGCGAUUUUGCUUCCAUCUGUAUAGGGGAGCCCGAUUGGAAAAGCUUUGUGAACCUCCUUAUCGAAUGCUCUGGCGGAACUGGCCAAGAAGUCACUGACAAUGCACAAUCUCCUGUUGUUUCUCCAACGAGGAGUGUAACACCUGACGAUCAUCUUGCUGCUAGUGUUUCACGGCUCUCAGCCCUAGUAGAGCAAUUAUGGGAACAGUUGAGCUCCGAACAACAAUCCGAAAUCAGUCUUUUCUUGAGGACAUCGCAUCGCUUUCUCUCGCCGACUCAGGUGCGCCUUUUAAUUGACCAUCUCAAAAUGAAGAAAUCAUAUUUUCCAGGAACUGAAAACUGGGAGCAGGAUACUAAGUGGCUAGUUAAUUCGUUUCUUCAGACGCCUAGCAAGUUGUCAGAUGUGCGUGCCUUUGCCUUGGAGGCGCUCGAAGAGGCAAUGUUCCAAGACAAUAAUCUAGUCGGUUUUGAGCAAGCAGGUGUAAUCGACCUUUUACUCCGGAACUUUGCAGAUGAGAAAGACACAAUCUACUUGUCAUCACUCGUCUCGGUGAUGAUUGAAGUCGCUGCACGGGUAGAUGAUGACAUCUUUCACACUAUUGUUGAUACUUUGAGCUCACCUAUGUCUUCCGACUUGCUUGAAGAGGAUGACCCAGCUAUCUUAAGCGGACAGCUAUCAGAAAGCCGCCGCAAUUCUGCUUCCGUUCUCGAGCCAUCUCUAUCAAAUGCUUGCAUGAUGGGUCUUGUUCGACUCUUCCUCCGAUUCUUGAAUCUGUCAGCCCGACGAGCAGCGUUGCUAUUCGAGACUCUUAUUUUCAUUGUAAAGACGCCAAGGAGAAGACCCGCCGAUGCCAUGCUCACAGUUCUCAAGCUGUUAUUUCGGUUACGCUGUGACUCGUCUGGUGCGAUUUGGGUUACCACAGACAUUGAAAACGACUUCCUGGUGGCUGUGUUGAGCCGAAACCUAGAUGUUGGGGUCAAGCAGUCUACAACUGCGGAGGGGUCUUCAUUGGAGCGGUCCUCCGUGAAUAGCGACGAUGGCCUCACUGCAGGUACAGCACGACUUUCUCUGCGCAAUCAAUCUGUUUCCAUUGAAACGCAAAGGUCAAUGCCUCGGAUGAGUAGUUCAUAUCUACGCGGCACCACGAAAUCAAUGCCUCCUAGCUGGAUGCAGAUAGAUUCGAGUCUUCCCGACGAACCAUCAACGGCUGCAAGCCCCUUUGUCUAUGCUUAUAAGACGGCAACUGAGGGGAAUGCAGAGCCAUCGGAUCAAGCCAGGGGAGUGUUGAAAGUCAAUGUUUAUCUUGAAACAAUCAUCGACCUGCUCCAGAAACGCGAUACUCCGUGGGAUGUUUACAGCUAUAUCCUUGCUCAUCUGGGCCCGCAACUCAGCAACCGGGCUUUCUUCUCCAGCGCGGUUCCGCAGAUUCAAAUGCUUCGUAAUAUACUAUGCGGCCAGAUCAAGGGCGAAAUGUUCCGCGAGCCGCCGGCUAUAUCUGGUAUCAAAAAAGCAGAUGUCGCUAUUUGCAUCUUUGAUUGCUUGGCCAUGCUGGUUGGAUUCCACCACUACUUUGCAAAGAGCGAACAGGAUGAGUUGGUCCGCGCAUUUAUGCUUGGAAUUGGAUCUUGGGAUGGCACUUCCCGAGGCUGCAUUCACGCUUUGUCCGUGUGUUGCCACGAGAUACCAUUGUCAGUGACGAAAUCAUUGAAUACGAUUCUUGACAAAAUGGCCAAAGUGAUUACCAUGGCCCAUGUUGCAGUUCAUAUAUUGGAGUUCCUAGCACUUCUCGCUCGGCUUCCUGAAGUUUACAUCAAUCUACGAGAUGAAGAGAUUCGUACUGUCUUCGGUAUAUGCAUUCGCUUUAUUCAGACAAGCAGGGAACAACGCCUGAAAAGCGAAUCGGCAGCUACUCGCACCAGUACAAUCCCCGCACGGCUCAGCGGUGGUUUGAGAGAAAUAGCCGCAAUGCAACCCGACUCGUCCGAAACGAAUAUCUGGCAGGAGAGCAUGUCUAACUACGUGUACACAUUGACGUACCACGUUUUGGUGUUCUGGUUCCUGUCACUCAAGCUCCAAGACCGCGCGAAUCACGUGAGUUGGAUAACGAAUCGACUCAUUUUCACAGAUGAGUUGGGCCAUGAAGUGGUUGAGGAACAGACCGAAGUGUUUAUCGACUUGAUGCAGCGUGUGACAUACUCCGACUUGGGCGAUACGAUUCCUUAUGAAACCUUCCCUCCAUCUCCGGAAGACGGGCCUGUCAGCAGCAAGUCAUGGAUUAUUGGGAUGAGUAUUGUCACGGUUGAAACUGCUGGUGUUUCUGGAUUGACACAAAUCACCAAACGAAUGGCUUCCGGGACAACUUAUGCCGAAUAUCGUCAGCGGACUGCUCCAGUGCUACCUCAUCAAGUACCUGCCACCCCUGAUACUCUGUCUACUUUUGAUUCGGCAAGUCGGACGGCCAUUCUGCCUUCUCAUGUUCUGCUUCAGAUGGUUACUUCAGCGUUUCCUACACCAAAAGUAUCACAACCCAUACCAUUACCCGAUGAUGCCAUGACUCGUCGAGCAAUCAGUUCAUUCGAUAGGAAUGACAUUGUCGAUGGACACAAGGUUGGUGUGAUAUUCAUUGAUAACAACCAAACCACAGAAGCCGAGAUUCUAGCAAACACAGCUGGCAGUCCAGAUUACAACCAUUUCUUGAAUGGUCUCGGUACCAGAGUAUCCAUCCGUGGAGCUCAAUUCAACACCCAAGGUCUUCACUACGAUAUCGAUGGCGAGUAUACAUUUGCCUGGAGGGAUCGUGUGACCGAAAUGGUCUAUCACGUAACCACCAUGAUGCCCACGAAUCUCGAAAAUGAUCCGGCCUGUGUUGCCAAGAAGCGCCAUGUCGGCAACGACUUUGUCAACAUCAUAUUCAACCGAUCCAACCGACCGUUCAAUUUCGAGACGAUCCCAUCGCAAUUCAACUCAAUCAACAUUGUCAUAACCCCAGUAUGCCGAAUCGCCGAGUCUGAUUUCAGUCACGAUGCAGACACUGCUCACGACUACAGCAAGUCAUUCUACGUAGUUAGAGUGAUGAGUAAACCCGGCCUACCAGAAUUGUCACCCUCAUCAACACCAAAAGUCAUCUCAGGCAAGAAUCUAGCCGCAUACGUACGCAUCCUAGCCAUUAACGCCUCUGUGUUCUCCUUGGCGUGGAAUCGCGAAGGUGGCGAACACAUUUCCUCAUGGAGGAACCGGCUACGCGAAAUCAAACGUCUUCGCGAUCGAGUCAUGGCCUCCCGUACGUCUUCGGUCGAUGCGUCCGAGAGCGGGUUUUUGGGUCAUCGUCGCAAUACGCGCACGAAUAUCCAUGUUGAGGAUGAGAUGGCGAGCCAACGAGUACAGAUGCGUCCUGAUAUGGGUGGAGACUGGAAUGCAGACAAUACUAUCUCCCAGGCAUUGGACUUUUCUCGAUGGACAAGAUGA